AUGGAAAGUCUGUUAUGAGAAAGAUAAGCAAGGAAGAAGUUAUCGUCGAGUGCAGAUGUGAACUUCUGCAAGCUAUAAGGGAGUGUUCGUAUGAUCAAGUGGUUGCAGUGUUAGAUUGGCUUUCAGAGCAACUGUGUCCAAAGUUCACUUGUUCCAAAGCAAGUAAAGGGAGUUUGCAACAGUGGUUCUCGAAUUGUGACUGUACGCAACAUUCUUCUCUUAGGAGAGCCCUUUCUCGGGUGCUUGUUGACGUUAAUCUCGUUCAUAAAACUGGAAGAAAAGAUAUUUUACCCCUUCACUUAUCUUCUUCUUAUCCGAAUACAAAAGUAUGGUCCCUUUUGCUUAAGCUUCAGGAAAGCACGGUUGGGGAAAAAGCGCUAGAGUUGUGUGACUCAGAUUCAGGAUGGACUAUUCUCCACCGUUGUUGCUACUUUGGAUAUCUGAGUCACUUAAAGAUUCUCUUUCAAUCUAACUUUGAACAAAGCAUCGAAUUCAAUAACAACAAGGCCUUCCUCAAGAGAUUCAGAACAUUAUGUAGUGUUGCGGAUAAGGAAGGUUAUUUGCCCUUAGAUCUUUUGUCAUCUGGUUCGAAUCCAACCAGAGCAGAAGUUGCGGAUUCCACGCUUGUUUGCAACGUCGGAAUGAUAGUGGUCUUUGGUUCAAACGAAGAUUUUGAGUUAGGCACAGGAAGCAAUAGUUUUGAAAGAGUCCCGAGGCCUCUGGAAUGGCAAAGUUCUGUUUCUCAAGUUGAAGGAAUCGCUGGUGUUAGUUCCAUUUCAACAUCAAGCCGGCACUCUUUGUUUUUGUCAAAGAAUGGGACUGUACUUUCGGUUGGAGUCGGAAAGGACGGUAGAUUAGGUUUAGGUGAUAAUGAACCUCGCAUGUUGCCGCAACAAGUUCCUUUCCUUUCGCGAAUGAUGACAAAAAAUCAAAAAUGUGCUUCUCAACUUGAUACUAGUCUUCCAUCAGAGUCUAAUUUUGGUUUUUCUAGAGUAUUGGCAUACGGAAAUCGUUCGGGAGCUUUGAGUAAUGAUGGAGUCUUAUAUUUAUGGGGAGAUGGUGUUCUCCAGCCUGAAAAAGUACAAGGACCUCUACGCAGUCUCACAGUCGUAGAUUUCUCUUUUUGUUCGUCUCACACGGCAGUCGUUACUAAAGAUGGUUCUGUAUUCUGUUGGGGAAACAACAAUCUUGAGCAACUUGGAAUUGAAUACUCCUGUGUCAAAUUUACAAAUACUCCUAGACUCGUUUCAUCCUUGAAGAAUAUUAUUUGCAAGAGUGUUUAUGUAGAUUGUGGUAUUUCGGUGGCUAUUGACUCACAAGGUAGAGUAUUCUUUUGGGGAAACGGUAACGGAAGUCCAUGCAGAAUUGGUCUUCAAGAGAAAGUUGCAUGUACCAGAAAGAGAAGGGAAAGAAAGAUAAAAGCAAAGAAAGUUGUUUUUUUGAUGAAGAAGAGUUGUCUGUUGAUAUUAACGGAGAAUGGUCAACUCUAUGAAUUUUACAUUUCGAACAGAACGCAAAAUAACAAAUGUUGUUCCGUCGCAACAAGAACAAGUUGGACUCGGAAAAUUUUAUUGGCCGACUUGGUUUGCCAAGACUUUCAUUGUCUUGGACUUGAUUUUUAUGGUCGAGUUAUAGCUUGGUCAUUGGAAGAUAAAGUGCCAAAGAUGACUAUAAAGAGCGAUCUUCGAAACGUUGCUUUUAUAACUUUUUCAGACAGACAUGGCUUUGCCGGAAUUAGGGUACCUCUUUUGAACAAUAGUUUGAACCGUAAAGGAGACGUAGCACCAGCAUUACAAGAAUUGUGUGAGAGCAAGUUGGAGUCAUCAAUUUCGUUGGCUUCGGCGUUACCUAUGUUGUCAAUUGCUUUUAAACUUGGAAAUGAACGUGUGGUGCAGUCUUGUCUGAACUUUCUUGUUCAGUGCUUGGAUACCAUAUUGUGUAUUUUUCCUCAGACUUUCGCAAAUAUGGAAUUUGAAUUGGUCACACUUCUCGAACGUCAUUGGAGGAAAAUAUUUAAGAAGGAUAUUAAUGUCCCGGCCAUAGGGAAAAGUUCCAAAAAUCCGGUAGAUAGUCCGAAUCCUAGAUUAUGUUUCAAUUCGACUCGUAUGACAAACAAGGAAAGUUUGAAACAUAUAUCACCAACCGAACAAUGCAACGAGCCAUCAGCAAAUGUCACAAAGACAUCGUUGGCUGGCAGCGGAGAGACUUCUGAGAUACAAGAUAGUCAUUUUAUUCGGAGAGAUGGCACAGAGCCUGCCAAUUCAAGUGUGCAUGAAGACCAGUGUUCUCCAAUUUGUCAUGAAAGAAGCCAUCGAAAUUUUUCAUCUUUUAAAAGACGUGAAAAUAUGAAACUUUUGUGUUCAUCUACCAUUUUCCACCGUGAACCGGUGUCAUUUGAAAGGAAAGACGGGCUGCUUUCUCCGAGCAAGUUCUCCUCUGUGAAAAUGUCCUUCAAAGAUGCUGUUCAGUUGGAAGACGAGAAAAGAAAGACUUGCUGGAAAGUUGAAUCAUUUGAGAGGUUUCCUACUUCUUCAUUGAAGACCAUCCAGAUAGAGCAGUUCAGGGAAAUGUAUAAAGAUGAAUGGUCGUCUCUCUGUAUUGCACAUAAGGAAGCUUUGAACAGGUCAGGGAACUCUUCUGGAGAAAUUGAAUGUACUCUAUCUGCUAGGAAAGGAAGAUACUUACAAAAGUCCAGUCCGAGUAUAUUCAUUCCAUCUCGGGAAGUCCGUUUAAGUGAUUCGGAACCAAUUGUGGUAUCGAGUCCUUCCUGGGGUGAAGAGAAGAAAAACAGGAAUGAACCAACUUCAUUCCGCGAAAUUAUUGAUGAAGAAGAGAAGAGAAAGUUUUAUUUCAGUAGAAGCCUAUCUCCAAGCUCUUUUUCACCUUCCUCUUCUAGAAUCUGGAAAAAACUUCCUUCGGAAGAACCCGUAAUGGUAAAGCCUUUCAAAAAGAUUGAGACAGAAGAACUGGCUUUAAAAACACUUCGUAAACAAUAUCCAAAUGCUGAAGUGAAAAGAGCUCCAUAUCUUUGAUGAUCGCAUAACAUUCAGAGUUGAUGUAAAUAAAACUUAAUAAUUUGAA